CCUCCUACAGUGUACGGCGUGAAGACUUUCGCGCAGGUGCCCUUGUGACGUUACGGGGUCACCGAGGGUAUAUAAGGAGCCCCAUCAGGCCGGGUGUGGCAGUUGUGUUGUGUCCGUGACGCGACGCAGACGUCAUGAGGUUAUCCCUCCUGAUAUUACUGUUGGUGGCCCUUGCGGUCGGCCAGGAAGACAGGAGACAGAGGGCUCGCGAAAAAUUCCUCGAGUUAGCCAACAGAGCAAGAAAUGGAGACGCGGAAGCACAGCAGGAGCUACUCGCUCGCCGCCGUUUCCGGACACCAUCGGCAGAGCGACUGUCAGUUGUCACACCCUUGGAGAAGGACCCUCCGGCUCGUGUGAAGGCUGCAGUGCCUCCUACUUUAGUACCACAGCCAGUGUUCUCUGAGGGACAAGCGCCACCCCUGGUGGAGCCUACCACCUUCCGGCCACAGCCACUUGAACCAGUGGCUGAGACGGAGGAACCUAUUGGAGAAGCAGACUUAGUCACAGAAGAGCCUGCCUUUGAUGUGGCACCAACAGACCCCGUGACUGAGAUACCCCAAAGCGAAUCCCCCGAACCUCCACCUGAGCCACUAUUGGAGGAGAAGCAAGUCCUAGAGACUCAAAAACCAAGACUGAUCGAGAACGAUCUUCCGCGACGACCUGCAUUCAAGCGGCCAGAUUUCUCCAUUCCAUCUAUUCCAGAUAUUCCAGAUAUUCCAUCUAUACCAGCCAUUCUAUCCACCAUCCCAUCUAUUCCAGACUUCACACCUAAUGAGCGGCAGUCACGAUCACGUCCUACGGCUGCAAAACUCAAGCAGUCGCGAACAGAGGAUGAAAAAGCUGACGGAUCCCUUCAGCUUCUAAAAUCCUCCAGACGGCAGCAGAGUGACAAUCGGUCAGUUGGUCCUCAAGCUGCAAUCAAGACACCUGCCCAGUCGCAACCAUCCAUCAGGAGGCUUCAGCCACGACCAUCACUCAAGAGGUUGCAGUCAACAAACAAGCGACCACCACAGCCUGAAUCUAAUGAUAGAAGACCACCACAAGUUAAAUCCAGCGACAGAUCACCACCGUCUGAUGCUAUCGAAAAGCCACCACAGCCUCAGGCUAGCGACAGAAAUCCACCACAGCCUCAAUCCAGUGAUAGAAAACCACCUCAGCUUAGAACUAGACCCCCACAGCCAAAGUCAGACGACAGUAGUCCACCACAGGUUAACUCUGGCGGCAGAAGACCACCACAGCGUCUGUCUGGAGGUAGAAGGCCAUCACAAAUCAGCAGUAGAAGGCCACCACAGCUCGGUAUUAGAAGGCCACCACAGCUCGAUAGUAGCAGGCCACCACAACUCGGUAGUAGAAGACCACCACAAUUCCAAUCCAGAGACAGAAGUCCACCAGUAGAGUCUCAACCCGAGGGCAGGAGGCUUUCACCAAUAGCAAUCAGGCGUCCAUCGCAGCUCAAAGAAAACACAAGGAGAACACAAGAGCCCACACCUACCAUCAAGGCACCUUCAGAAAAUGAGGAAAAGCCAUCUGAGCCCCAGCCAGAUGACAAGAAGGUAUCAGAGGCACAAACAGAUGAAAGCAAACCACCAAUGGCUCCGGAGGAGGAAAAGAAACCCUCAGAGCCACAGCCUGACGAAAAGAAGCCACCCCAGAUCCUGCCAACCAUCAAGCUGCCACCACAACCAAUUCCAGUUCCUGCUGGAAAGCUGCCACAGCCAAGACCAGUUGGUAAGCGUAUUCGGAGACCAAGACCAGGAGCCAAGCAACGACCCCGACCGCGACCCCAGCCAGAGGCCAAGGGAGAGGAGGAAGCUCCAGGUAAGGCUCGGGAAGAAGCAAGCGCACAGGCAAAGAAAGUGGAGCAGCCAAAACUAGAUUUCAACAUAUCAGCACAGAUAGAAACUAUUCUUAAGGAGCUGGAUAAAAACCAAGCCACGACAGAACAGAGCAGAACGACAACUGACGAACCCAAACGAAGAAGACCGUCUCCUAAGCGCCGCCCCCAGAGCAAAGCACUCGUAUCCACUCGCCCACGUGCCCAGACCGUUACAUCUGCACGGUCACAGACUGUCACAUCUGCACGGUCACAGACUGUCACAUCUGCACGGUCACAGACAACCACUCCUCGGAUUAGCGCUGAACAUGCUACCGAUCCAGCCCUCACCACGAUUGACCGCUACUCAUACCAUGAAGAUGAUGGAACCUAUGUGUUUGGCUACCAGGCUGCUGACGGUUCAUUCAAGGAAGAAAGGCGAGCGCCUGACUGUACUGUGACCGGUAAGUAUGGUUACGUGGAUGCCACCGGAACCCUCCGAGAGUUCACCUAUUCAUCUGGUAAUGCGUGUGAUCCCAAUGCUGAGGAAGAUCCAGCUCUACAGGAGACCCAGCCACGCAAUGAACAAUUCAUCAAGCAGACCGUAGAACGACGCCUAACCAACGAUGAGCUGCGACGCACUGCACAAUCCAGCCGUCGUCGCCGUCCCGUCAGCCGUCUGAUCCGUCCUCAGCUGGAGGCGACAGCGGCGCCUCGCCAACGUGUAAGAACUGGUCGCCGUAGACAGCCUCAGGCCACUUCUGAUCGGGGUGCACAGGAACAACAGGUAUUCCAGAUUCCUCAGAUUCCCUCGGCUGUCUUCACUACUUCACCUCCAGUCACCACCACAGAGCGUGCCUUCGCCACACCAGCCUCAAUCUUUAACACUCCAGGAUCCAUAUUUGUCACCCCCGCCCCAGAAACUUUCACUGCUCCCACAUUCGCUACGCCACCGAGCUUCAAUAGGUUCACCACACCCCCUUCAUUCCGCCAACCUCCAAGCGUAGAACGUUCCAGGACUAGUACUUCAAGAGGCCGUUCACACAGCCGAAGCCGAUCUCGCAGUCGCUCUCGCGCCCGCACUCAGGUACAACAGGUUACACAACCUGCUCCAACACUUCCUCCUGCUCCUGUUACUCUUCCGCCAUCACCACCACCAUCACCAUCUCCACCACCAGUUUUCGCAGUUCAGCAGCAACAGCAAAGACGACCGCAACAGCAACAGCCUGUUCAGCCUUUUGACUUUGACGGCGAGUUCAGUGGUCUGUUUGAUAACUUCGCUGUCACUCAACCAAUUACCCAAGCACCUUUCUUUGCACCGACACAGUCUCUAGUGAGACCUACUUCUAGACCAACCAAAGCACCCAGCUCCAGGAGCAGGGCCAGAGCAAGAAGGCCAACUUCACAGCGAACUUCUCUCCCAACACCACCAUCCCCACCCCCACCACCCCCACCACCACCACCACCAAGCACAGCCGCUCCCCGCCCUACGGCACCAUCCCCAACCCUACCGCCAUCUCAGGCCUUCGAUGAUGGGUCCUUCACACUGGGCGGUGGCAGCAGCCAGGGCGCCCAGCAGUUGAUCUUUGAUUCUGAACUCGGUACCUUCAGGACGGUUCACGUACCAACCUCUCCACAAAAAUCCCCUCCAUCAGUUUUCCAAACGCCAAUCCAAAUUUCCUCCGUCCACCGCCCAGUAACUGAAGCAUCAUUCAAGUCCCAUACCAAUCUUACUCCGGCACCACGUCCCGCUGCGACAUCACAUUUCGUGGCUCCAACACACUUCACGUCCAGCCUUGUUACCACUAAGCCUCAGCCCAAAAUCCCAUCCCCUCCACUUCGGCCCUCCACUCAGUUCCAACCAACCCCUAGAACGUCAAAACCCAAAAUUCGGGUAACACCUCAACCUCAGCCCACCUCUAGGCCAUUCCAGGCACAGCAAUUCCAGCCACAGCCAGCCAUCCAGUCCUUCCAGCCACAGCCAGCCAUCCAGUCCUUCCAGCCUCGGCCAGCACCCAAGUCCUUCCAGCCUCAGCCAGCCUCAAGGCCUCAGUUCCAAUCAUCAUCUCAGCAAGCUUCCAAUCAGUUCCAGUCACAAUCUCAAUCAGCUGCCAAAUCAUUCCAGUCUCAGUCCUCGGCAGUUUCCCACUUCGAGGCUCCAGGGCACUUCACUGCGCCCCAGAGUUCCGCUCCUGUGAGCUCGUUCCCAACUCAGCAGCAGCAGAUCCUCCACAAACCCCGCCCAGCUCCAUCCCUCCCAGCUCCACCCCGCCCAGCCCCAUCCCUUCCCGCUCCGGUCCCUAAGACAACCUUCGUCCAGAACACACGACCAAGUGCAGGCAUUCCACUGCCAGUGUUCGGAGGAGGCCAAGGAUUUAACCCAUUGCCGCAUGUCCCCACAGGAAGCCUCUCAAUCAACAAUCAUGGCAACGCAAACACAGGAGAUGAAUUCGACAAGUUCUUCUCAGAAUUCUCUUUAAGCUUUUAAUGGACAGAGGCAAGAAGGCGGAGGUUUUCGUCGCCUUAUACAAAGUCUAGACAUUAAGAUAUAACAUUUUAUAAGGUCUUUUUUUCUUCUCUUAUAUGAAAACCUUAUUAUCUGUUGCCAUGUACUGUAAUUAUCAUAAUUAUAUUAUAAUAAUUUGCAACAUGUUUGUUGCAUCUUAACACUGCACGAUUAGCAAGAAGAAAGUUACCCUCUUCGUCAUUAUCAGGGAGAUGAGAACUUGCACACUGAAUAAUAUGUUGCAUCAUAACGCUGACUUCUAAUACGAACAAGCGCGUGGUGCGCCUUCACCUGCACAGCGCUCAACUAAGAAAAGAGGGAAUGAUCACUUCCUCUGGCUGACAGCUGCCUCUAGACGGGUGUCAAACAUCUAUUAUUAUAAUUAUUAUUUUUUUUUUCAUGGAGACCAAUUCUGUAUCUCCAUUGGUUUCGAACUCUAUAAUUAAUACCCACACAUGCCUUCACACUCUACAGCUGCUACACAAGCUACACCAGGCGGCAUGGCACGCUCAGCCUGACGGACACUACUUGCACCACAUGUGCUGCUGUACAUAAUCUGCUUCAACACAGAAAUUUAGCAAGCUUUUCACUACCUCAACCUUAGACCAUUUGUCAUCCGAUCAUUGUCCUUACCUGUGGCCUCUGCUUCAAGCCACGCCCCACGACUCCCCUCCACUCACGUGUCAUCUGCUUUAACUUAAGACAAAUGUAAAUCAGUAACGAAUUGCUGACAACAGAACAGAGUGUGACGACUGUCCACAUUGAUAGAAACCCCGUCCGUAUAUACCUUAGGUCUUUAGAAGGUCAGCUGACUGCCGAGGUUCGUUUCCAUUUAUAGGGAAGGACAGCAAAGCUUUGGAUCAUCCCCAACAAACGAAUAAAUAAAACAGGGUUAUAAGUAUAUAAUGCAAAUAAACAUUGUUCUUCUAUUGCAUGACGAAGUGCUUUGGAAUUUUACUUAGAAUUGCAGUCAGGCAUCAGCAGUUCAAAAAGAUGUUGAAAUAAUUUGAACUGCUGUGAAAUUAUAGACAAUGAAGCUUAUAUAUCAUGUGAUAAACUUUUAAAAAACAAAAAGACCACUUACAGUCUGGCGCCGAGAUGAAACCAAGGCAAAAAACAGAAUCAGCCACCUGCGAUGGUCACACACACACACACACACACACACACACACACACACACACACACACACACACUACAACAGGAGAUUGGAAUGCGCAGAAGAAAAAUUGUAGAAUACUUGACCAGAAGUGGUAUGUGUAGCCAACAUAUACUUAAAUGUAAGGAAAAAGACGGGUGGGUGCAAGCUUGACUCAAUCACGUCGGAUAAGAAAUGAAACACAAAUAGACGACAAACUUGCAAGAGAUGGAAUAAAUAGGAAUCUGAGUGGAAAGCAAGGUGAGUACCUUAGAAGCAAGUCCCUGGUGCCUCUGUAAACCUUAACUUUACAUGUCAAGCAGGGACGCACAGUACGUGAAAAGCGUCUGAUUGUGCGCUCACGAUAACGAAAAGGAGCAUUACGUAUAACAAUGACGACUUGCUGAUGUGUUGCCGUGUUCUGUACAUAAGUGUAACAUAGGUUUCAUAUUUUGCAUGUUCCCCACAAUAAAGAAUGAUUAUUUACA